AUAUGUUCGUUUCUUCCUAGAUAUUUAUUACUCCCAAUGAUCUCCUCCUCCUCUUCCCCUGCCGUGCCGUUUGUGUUUGAUCCUUCGCAUUACAUUGCACAACAUAAAGGCUUCAAAGCUUCGAUCGCAUGGAGGAGCUCUCCGGCGACGCCGCCUCGCUGGCGCCGGAGCCGCGCGGGCAGGCGGAUGAGGAAGGGAGGUCGCCGCGGGAGGCGGAGGCAUUCGAGGACGCAGUGGAGGGGUCGUCGACCGCCUCGGUGUCGCCGGUGGCAUGCCGCGAGGGCGAUGGGGAGGCCGACGCGGAGGCUUCGCCGUCCUCGUCGUCGUCAGUGUGGAGAUCGCAGGGCGACGGGCCGGCGGCCGCGGAGGAAGUGGAAACCUGCGAGUCGCCUUCGGCUUCAGCGUCGGGGCACGCCGCUAUGGAGGGAGAGGAGUCUCCAUCGGUUUCUGAACUGAGGGAGGAGCCGGGGAGGGUGGAUACAGGAAGCGCCGCAUCGCCGUCGGAACAGCGCGCGAUGGGGGCGGAGGAGAAUGAGAAUCCGAUGGCCACGCCGGGGUCAGGAUCACUAUGGAGGGAGGAGCCGAAGUCGAGGGUGCAAUCGGCGCCAUCGUCCCCGGCGCGCUCAGCCACGUCGACGUCGUCUUCGCCGCUGUCGCAGAUCAAGCAGCAGGCGCGGCACGUGCGGACCGGCAGCUUCCAGCGGUUCAGGCAGCAGAUGCAGCGCGCGUGGAAGUGGGGGCCAAUUGGAGGUGGAGGAGGUGGCGAGAGGAGCCCCAGGGAGCAGUUGCUGCGGACGACUGUGAACAUUGAGGCCAUGGCGAAUCAGAAGCGGCAGUGGUAUCAAAUCCACUCCAAGGCGCAGGGUCAUAAGCAAUAUAGGGAACCAACAUCGCUCUUUGAACAUUUUUUCGUAGUUGGUCUCCAUUCUUAUGCAAACGUUAGAGUAAUUGAGGAUGCUUUUGCAAAAAAGAAAGCCUGGGAAUCUAAUGUAGCACGCUCAGAGAUAGUAGAUCUUAGAAGAAUUCAGUCUCAUGGACCUAUGCCAUCUAUGGAACCCCAGAUUCUUUACAAGUAUCCACCUGGAAAGAGAGUGGAAAUUAGGGAGACUGAUUUGCCCUCGUUCUGUUUUCCUGAAGGUGUAAAGGCUCGCUUAUUAGAGAGGACUCCAUCCAUGAGUGAAUUGAAUGAAAUGAUAUUUGGGCAGGAACAUUUGUCUCGAGAUGAUCUGUCCUUUAUCUUCUCCCUUAAGGUAUCAGACAAUGCACCACUAUAUGGUGUUUGUCUGCGUGUCCAGGAAAUAGUGCAAAAAGCACCAGGUAUACUAGGCGCGGUCUCACCCCUAAACCCCACUUCCUACAAGCCAAGCUGUUUCUUGGUUUCUGCACCACGUUGUUACUGUUUACUCACAAGGGUACCAUUUUUUGAGCUACACUAUGAGAUGUUAAACAGCAUAAUUGCACAGGAGAGGCUUGACAGGAUAACGCAGUUUGCUAGUGAAAUUGCUCUGGCUGAGCCUGUUCCUCGUUCUGUGAAAGAACAAGAUGGAGUAAACAGGGAUUUUGAUUCCUCAAAUGGGCUUCCAUACAAUGACUGGACAGAAUAUGCUGUACCUGUCAACAGGAUAUCAGGUCUCAUUUCUUCAUCCGGAGUUCCAUCAGAAGGAGACAUGUCGUCAUAUUUGUUCAGGAGCUGGGAGCCUAAUUCUCCUGAAAGUAUAUCUGCUAUUGAGAUUUCAGAUUCUAUUUAUGUAAGAGAACUCGAGGAGGGAAGGCAUAGUUUCCAACAAUAUGAUGACUGUAUAUCAGAGAACUUGGAAUCCCGUUGUGAUAGCUUUGGGAGAGGAAGUUAUAUUUAUGACAAUGGGCAUACUUCCCCAGAUCUUCCGUCCAUGCAUUCUCCUAUCUCUAGAAGAUUAGAGCGUGCACAGAGUGUGGAGUCUUUAGACAGUUCAGUCAAAGGUGGUGGGUCAGAUGAAGAAGAUGAAGUAAAUGUGAAGCAUGAAAUGAUUGUUGAUGAUGAAAAAGUUAUGGGGUGGGCUAAGGCAAACAAUAAUGAACCGCUACAAAUUGUUUGUGGUUACCAUGCUCUUCCUCUGCCACCUCGUGGUGGUGAAAUUGUUUUCUGCCCCCUUGAACAUCUCCAGCCGGUGAAAUACUCCCGGCCUGGAUUAUCAUUGUUGGGUUUUGGAGAGACAAUUUUGGGCAAUGGUUUGACUUCGGCAGAAACAAAUGAGGUCAAUGCCCGUUUGGCAGCUGCAGAAGAAGCUCUUGCAUUAUCGAUAUGGACUACGGCUACAGUUUGUCGUGCUUUGUCUCUGGAAAGUGUGCUAGGACUAUUCACUGGAGUUUUGCUGGAGAAGCAAAUUGUGGUCAUAUGCCCAAAUCUGGGUGUCCUGUCAGCAAUUGUUUUGUCAGUUAUACCAAUUAUAAGGCCAUUCCAGUGGCAGAGUUUGUUACUUCCUGUUCUGCCGAGAAAAUUGAUUGACUUUCUUGAUGCCCCUGUACCUUUCAUUGCUGGUGUCCAACAUAAACCUCCUGAUAUCAAGAUGAAAGGAUCGAGUCUUGUCAGAAUCAAUGUACAGAAAGAUCAGGUCAAGGCGUGUUCGUUGCCUCAACUUCCACGCUACAAGGAGCUCGUUUCUGAUCUCAGUCCAAUUCAUGCUAGACUUUCAUGUGAGAAUGCUUUGGCUAAGAGACACCCUAUUUAUAAAUGUAAUGAAGUUCAGGUGGAGGCAGCUUGGCGGUUCUUAAAUGUAAUGACAUCCUACUUGGAAUCACUUUGUUCUGACUUGCGCUUUCAUACCAUCACAAAUGUACAGUCGAAUAAUGACAGGGUAUCUUUGCUUCUGAAAGACAGUUUCAUUGAUUCCUUCCCCUCAAAGGACCGACCAUUUAUAAAGCUCUUCAUGGAGACGCAGAUGUUCUCUGUUCUAUCAGAUUCUCGACUUUCCACAUUUGAAAAUGAACAAACAUAAGAACCUUGUUCCAGCUGGAGAUCAAAGCACAGUGAUACUCACUGUUGUGGUUAGAGUGUCUGCUUCCUGGUGCUAUCUUUACAUGUCAUUUGAAUGAUCUGGCAAUGGGAAGGAAAAGCAUAGGCUUAGGUGGAGCGUGGAGGAUUUCGAUUUUGCCAAAGUCGCAGCGGUUAAGGUGUUCUGAAAAAUGGUAUGGUUUGUCCGGAUGCUCUGAAUUGCCAGGUUAUAAGAAAUAGAUGCAGCCCAGUCUUUUUAAAUGGGAUGCGCCUGCCCGUCGGUAGGUACAUACAGAUGGAAAAGAAAUGUUCAGUGUUGUAGUAUAGCUGGGUCUCUGUUCCAGUUCUUGUUUUUGUGCCAUACUAGUGAGCGCAUAUAGUGAAAGAAACAUGUAAAUAGGAUGAGCUUAUUCAUUGUAGUGCCCUUGUCCCCCGUUUUAAUUCUGUACAUUAUUGUUUCAGUUCCUGGGCACAAGAUGGAAAUCAGUUUUGACAGGGAGCACAUUUUGCAGUUUUGUGUGAGUUAUUUACUCCAUAAGGCUAUUGAUUGUAAGAACUUAGACUGGACCUGCCAUCAUCACUGCUGUAUUACUGUAUUCAUUCAUCUUCA